AUGAAGAUUCGCAAGUACAUUGCCAGCUUACUAAACUCCAAGCAACCGGUGCCUGAAACAAAAUCUCAAGAAGAGCAGAAAAUUUUUCCCGAUGGACUCAAAGUUCUCCACAAAUGCGAUGACGCCCUGGUUGAUAUCUGCUUUGUCCACGGCCUGGCUGCAUUUCUACCUUCAAGACUGGAAAGGGCUCGGAUCCUCACCUAUGGCUAUGAUGCACACGUUGUACGGCUGUCCGUUGCAUCUACUAAUCGCUUGAUCGAUCACGCCACAAACCUCCUCCACGAUCUAGCCGAUGACAGGGCGAGCUCUAAAGCCUCUUCUCGCCCAGUGAUCUUUGUUGCCCACAGCAUCGGUGGCAUAGUUUGCAAAAGAUCUCUUCUGCUCUCACGUCACAACCGCGAUCCCCACAUACGAACUAUAUUCGACUCCACGAAAGGCAUCAUCUUUAUGGGUACUCCCCAUACGGGUACCUGGAUGGCCGACUGGGCAAAAAUUCCUGCAGAUGCUUUAGGGAUUGUUAAAUCUACAAACAAAUCACUUCUAGAAAUCCUGCAGACCGAUAGUCAACUCCUCGAGAACAUACAGGCUGACUUCCUAUUCAUGGUUGGUGAUUUACCAGAUGAUCGACAGUUUCGAGUCGCCUGCUUCUUUGAGGAGCUUCCGCUGUCGACCUUUGGGCUAGUAGUCACGAAAUCGUCGGCUACAUUCGCUGGCUACAACCCUAUCAGCAUUCAUGCCAACCAUCACGAUAUGGUGAAAUUUAAGUCUACGGAAGAAAACGGGUUCAAGAGAGUGCUUGGACAGUUGACAAGGUGGAUUGACGAGAUUAGGCUCACACACCAAGCCUCUGAACCAUUCUCCACGAUUCCUUUUUCACGAGACGAAAAUUUUGUUGGUCGAGGAACUGUCAUGGCCGAGAUAGAGAGUAUAUUUGAAAAGGCGGCUCCGACACACCAUACAAGAGUUGCACUUGUAGGUAUAGGUGGUAUAGGAAAGUCCCAGAUUGCCAUUGAGUAUGCUCACAGAAUGCAAGAAAGAGAUCCAAAUCUAUCAGUACACUGGGUCUAUGCAAGUAACACCGCUAGAUUUGAACAGGCGUACCGAGAACUUGCCGACAGACUUGACCUUCCCGGUCGACUUGACCCCACAGCCGACAUAUUUCAGGUGGUUUUUCGGUGGCUCUCCGAUGCUAAGAAUGGCAAGUGGCUGAUAGUUUUGGACAAUGCUGAUGAUGACGAUAUUUUCUUUCAAACUGCUGGAAAACGCAACUUAUUGACUCUAUCCCCAAGAGCACAAAUUGCUCCGUUAUCAUCACGUCGCGCAAUCGACAGCAGCGAGGAAUAUCACCGGCACGCUCAAUAA